AUGGAGAACACGCUCUCUGCAGUUCUCUCUCAGGCCCGACACUCUAUGCACAAGGACUUCGCCCCAGAUGACCCCAGGCCAGCACCCCUCCGUCUCUCACCGAAGAACAAGCACGCGCUUGAUGAGCCAGACACCUUGCCAGAACAACUUUGCGAGCCGAAGCCUCGGCAAGUCCGGGCCGGUGCCGGCCCCGAAAUAGUAGACACCGGCACAUCUUAUUCUUCAGCCAGGAGCAGCUUGAUCAGGUCAAAUGGUAGGCAAGACGGACAAAACAACAACAUUGAGAAUUCUGCCUUUGGCGAUGGCCGCAUCAAACAUGAGCAGCCGAUCUCGACCUCAAGCUCAAGUCAGAUCUCCUCUCGCAGAGGGCCGCUUUGUAUGCCACGAGACUCUCGAUUUUUAAGAAAACAAUCGACUGCCGAGACAAUCGUGUGUACGUUUGUUAUAUUCACCGGCGAGAGGCAGCCCGUUACCACCCACACCGUCACGAGCGGGAGCAACAAAAGCCUGGUGGCCGAAAGACGCCAGAUCUUUGAGUCCACCACAGGUACGAUUGACAUCCCAGGCUACACCAAGCCACCUCAAAUGCUGAUUGAAAUGCAAAUGCCCCUGAGUUUUCUGUCAAGUAAGCAAACACCAUCACCGGAGAGACAAUCGAGACCCAGGGCCUGGCAGACGGCGUCUAAUGGGGCUACACUCCGCCAAAACGACUCGAGAGCACCGGAAAAUAGAACCCACGAAGAACAGCCUCGCCGUGGCUGGAAGGAGCCAAACCCAAUACAUCCCACAGUAUGGACCCGCAGCGUAUCCAAGACAAUCGGGAACAAGCUCGGCCAGAUUGUCCUUUCCAUAAGCGAAAAUUUGCAGAAGAAGAAGAAGAAGAAGCUUGCCAUCCCGGAGAGAUAUAAAAGUAGAAGAGAAAUGUCUGCGCUGUGGCCACGAGCCAUGGAUGUCCUCCACUCAAGAGAUUUAUCGGGCUGCGAGUCGCCAGAGUUGGUUUCCGAGAUAAACACUUACUUGCAGGAACAACCAGUUACUAGGACACCGUUCUUGACCAGGAAGCAGAGUAGACGGCUGUCGGAACUCAACGCAUACACUAUUCCCCGGUCGAACACCGAUAUCCAAAGCCACGGCAGACACACUACAAGUGAAAGUCUAGGCCUAACCCUCUCACCGACCAAAGCCGAAGGCAAAGACCCCCAGAACAGAGUUAUGACUUUGCGGAAACUGUUUGACAGAAGCUCCAAGGACAGCGGCUCGCAAGGUGGCUCGCAACUAAGACGUCGUCACACUGGCCCAGGGAAGAAAACGCCAACCAUUACUGGCCCCAAUGGGGCGUCAUGGCCCGACUAUGGUCGAGCGUCCCAGGCAAGAGCAUCAUUAGAAGUCCUUCCAGAACGCCGGUCACUUCAGAUGUCAACCGAUAUCCGUGUGUCGAACGAGACGACUCACUCAUCACUGAAGGACUGUAUCAACGCAUACGAGUCCAUAUGCCGACCCAACAUCGAAACCACCGCAUUGGCACAUGGAAAAGCUUUGAUUCGUCGUAUGCAUAAGCAACACCGCGGGGUGGAUUUGGAGAGGAGUCUCCUUGGAAGUCGAUUCAAUAGCCUAGGCUUCAAGCGCGGUCGUGAGGCUCGGAGAAAGAUCUCGGCAUCCUGGUAUAAGAACAAAUCACACGACAAUGAUGCUAGCAAUGGAGACGAAAGCGGCUGCAAAGAACACGCAAUGAUUAUAACAGGAGUUCCCCAUGCCCGGCAAGGAUCAUAUCUGAGUGCCGGCCAGAAGAAUGAAACACAGCUUUUGAGCAAAACGGCUGGUGGGUUGGAUGACAUACCUCUUCCGUCAGAGUUUUCAUCUCGCUAUAUCUCUGAGCCCCCUGCGACUGCCAGAACUAAGAAUCUCUCAACACGCAGAAGCAUGCCCGCCAUAAUACGCAAGCAUCGAAACGAAGUACCUCAUCUCGAUGGUGUCCAUCAGCGGCGAAAGACAGCUCUGCCCAUGGGUACGACCGGCCCAGUCAUUGGAUCAAGUUGGUGUCAAGCUUAG